CACAAUGGUAACAUCCCCACCCACGAAGAUAUAUAUAAUGUCAAAACGUGCCCAUUACAAAGAAAACUAAACACGUGCCCAUUGCUAAGAUUGCAAAUGACGUCAUUAUAUAAAAAAUCCCCCAAGUCGAAAAUGUUGUCGCGAAGCGUCGCUCGUAAUUUACGAAAAAUGUCAAAUUUUCCUCAAAAAUCGUUAAAAGUUGAGCACGACGUUGCGAAUAAAGAAUUCUUCGUUAAAAUACCCGGAUGCAAUGAAAGAGCUUACCUGAGUUACCAAGAAAUUGGAAAGGGGUCUGUAGACCUUGAACACACGGUGGUGCCAGAGAGUUUCAGGGGUCGAGGCAUUGGGCAGAUACUUGCUAAAACAGCCUUAGACGAUAUGGUUGCGAAAGGAAUGAAAAUGAAAUUGACGUGCUGGUAUCUACAAAAAUAUGUGAAAGAAAACCCUUCCGAUGAUUAUAAACAUCUUGUUAUUUAAUAUUUGUGUAAACUUUACCUGGUGUAGCUUUGUUAGAUAUUUAGUAAAUUUUAGGUAUAGAAAAUAAAUUGUUGCAUUCAUAACAUACGUUUGUGCUUUAUGGUUGUAGGCUAGAUUUUUUGCUGUUGCAGUUUUGUAUCUUUGCUUACUUAUAUCGUUUCUUUGGUGUUCAAUUCCCUACUUUGGCCUCGAACGUGUAACUGCAAACUAAUGCACCAAUUAUAUAUCAAACCAUCUCCCAUUAUUUUCCAUACUUUGUGCCCUACUAUUAUUUAAACGCCAGCAACAAAGUUUUGAUUUAUUUUUAACAUUCAUUGUUCUACAGUUUUCCAUUUAAAUAAGUUUUACAAUGUUCUAGGAUUAUUCUGCAAGGAAGGAGUUUAUUUAAAAAAAUAUUCAACUUAUUUAAAACAACAUAAUUAAUUGGGUUUAUGUUUAUUACAGGGGUUCCAGAUGUUUCACCAAGCUUAAAUUUCAAUGUUUCAUAAUUGUGUUUUGUUUAAUCAUAAUACUGUAUUAUGCUAAUUCUGCUUCUAACUGUGAAAAAUUGUAA